UCUCACAUCUGCAUCUAGACAUUCCCCAUAAACCGGGAAACAUUAGCACAUCCUGCGUACAUAAAUGUGCGUUCGUGUUAAAAAUCCUUCAAUAGGCCACGAGCCACUGGAUAGAAACGACUCGUCGUCGUCAUGCCGCAAUUUUACGUGCUGCUAAUGAAUGUUAUUGUCGUCGCGAUGAUGAUCGGUAUCACAUUUUCGGAAGGUAUGAAUCGCGAAUCCGUUCAGUUUGAAAAACCGGUUCGAAUGACUCAAAUGGGAAACGUUCUCUUCUCUCAAAAUCGGAAGGCGAUGUCACUUACCGACUCUUUGCCUAUAUUCUUUUUGCAUCUUCUCAAGUACAAAGUGCAGUAUCAGAAGCUGGAUAAGAUCAUUAGUACCACCACAACUCCUAAUAUUACUAGUAGUCCACCGCCUAGAGAUUGCAUCUGUGUACCGUUCUAUUUGUGCGAUAGCAAUCAGACUAUUAUCACUGAUGGUACAGGAAUAAUCGAUAUUCGCACUUAUAGAUGCCCUGGAAUCUACGAUAUCUGUUGCUAUCUGCCGAAUGUCACAACAUCACCUCCAACAAUGCCUCCGACCGCACCCCCAACAAUGCCUCCGACCGCACCCCCAACUGUUCCUUCAACAUCACCACCGAUCAUUUUCCCGACCGUAUCACCGAUUCCUACCGUGACUGUACUUCCGAAUUGCAUCUGCGUGGAGGUGUCACUGUGUGAUCCCAACGGAAUAGUCACCAUUUUCGGCGAGGGUAUAAUAAAUCCGCGGCAACAAUACGGUCUGUGUCCAAAUGUCAAUCAAGUCUGCUGCAGAAUAUUGGCGAGCACGACAACGAGCUCUUCAACGACGACGACGACGAUGAUGACGACUGUACUUCCGAAUUGCAUCUGCGUGGAGGUAUCACUGUGUGAUCCCAACGGAAUAGUCACCAUUUUCGGCGAGGGUAUAAUAAACCCGCGGCAACAAUACGGUCUGUGUCCAAAUGUCAAUCAAGUCUGCUGUAGAAUACUGGCGAGCACGACACAGCGAGUAACAACGAGCUCUUCAAUGACGAUGCCGAUGACGACACCAAUGACAACGACGACGAUGAUGCCGAUGACAACACCAAUGACGACGACGACGAUGAUGCCGAUGACAACACCAAUGACGACGACGACGAUGAUGCCGAUGACAACACCAAUGACGACGACGACGACGACGCCGAUGACAACGCCGACACCUGGACAGACGCAAUUAUGCUUCGUUUGCAACAAUACUAUUCAGUGCUUCACUUGCAUAAUCAUUCUCACGCCAAACAACAGCCUGAUAGAUCCCAGGUUCUCUCAGAUCUUAUCGGGAGGAAACGUCUGCGCACUGACAACCCUGCUGUCCUGUCACGCUAGCCCACCCGCCUCGUCAAUUAUGGAUCUGCUCGGUCCAUUGAAGAAUCCGGGCACUCCGCAGGCUUGUUACUGCGUGAAGACCUGGCUGUGUUCCGAGGGAAACGUAGUAAGCCCGGACGGUCUGGGUAUAAUAGAUCCAAGAUUCACAGCUUGCUCGUCGGCGGAUCAAGUAUGCUGCCGACUGGUGGGAAUCGAUCUUCAAGGUCUUCGCAGCGUUUCCGCUUCUUCGUCCAGAGAUCUCGUCAAUCGAUCCGCUCAUUCGACUUCGGAGAUCACUUGUGGUAUGCAGAACAACAGUUACGCACCGCCGCAGCCUGCUCCCGCUGACUCCGGAAAAACUUAUUUCGCCGAAUUCCCAUGGAUGGUCGCGCUUCUUAUAAAGCCCACGAUCGGCGAUUCUUACGUUUUUCAGUGCGGUGCUUCGAUGAUAAGUAACGAGGCCGUCCUCACUGCCGCACAUUGCGUUGUAAAUCAGAAACCUGAAAAUUUAAUUGCACGCUUCGGUCAAUGGAACCUAAGAAGUAAUGUUCAACCAUUGCCUAUUCAAGAAGCAAAUAUUCUCGCAAUAGCUGUGCAUCCAUCUUACUACAGCGGUGGGCUAUUUCACGAUGUAGCUGUUCUUGUUCUGGAAAAACCAAUCGUCUACAGUGCGAAUGUUAUGCCGAUUUGUCUUCCUGAACAGGGAAAGAUCUUUCCGAUCGGGAGCCAGUGCUAUGGAAUAGGAUGGGGUAGCAAUUUGUUCGGAUCAGAGGGGCAAUAUCAGGCCGAGCUUCGAAAGGUCGAUCUUCCUAUCGUCGAUCAUGCGGAUUGUCAGACGCGUUUACGAAGUACGAAAUUGGGCCAGUACUUUCAAUUACACGGAUCAUUUAUCUGCGCGGGAGGCCAAACGAACAGAGACACGUGUCGCGGUGACGGCGGUGGACCUUUGAUUUGUCAAGCUAUGACAGGACAAUUUUUUCAAGCUGGCAUUGUAUCAUGGGGUAUUGGCUGCGGAAUCUCUAAUGUUCCUGCGGUAUAUGCCAGUACAUCACAACAUCGUCAAUGGAUAGAUCAACAGCUGGCGACUUUUGGCGUAUAAUGACGCGUAGGAUAUUUAAUAUUUCUAAUUCAAUAGUUGCCAUGUGCUUUUUACGUACGAUCAUAUAUCUAUCAUGAUCUUUUUACAUUGUUUACAUGAAUUAUAAUAUAGAAUGUAUUAUACAAUUGUACUUGUUAGAAAAUAU